UAGUUGUCUAUUGUCAUAACACAUUGAUUCUCUUUCAACCCCCUUACAGCGUUUCAACAGAGUGUUGUAGAGAGAGAAAGCGAGCCGGCCUUCGUCUUUGGUUGGCUUUGCUUCUCGGAUCCAUCUCCCUCUCUUUUUUCCUCUUUCGUUUUCAGGUGAAUUAAGAUGGCCGACGGCGAGGAUAUUCAGCCCCUUGUUUGUGACAAUGGAACUGGAAUGGUUAAGGCUGGAUUUGCUGGUGAUGAUGCUCCUCGAGCAGUGUUUCCCAGCAUUGUGGGUCGCCCUCGCCACACUGGUGUUAUGGUUGGAAUGGGACAGAAGGAUGCUUAUGUGGGUGAUGAAGCCCAAUCCAAGAGAGGUAUCUUGACCUUGAAAUAUCCUAUUGAGCAUGGUAUAGUCAGCAACUGGGAUGAUAUGGAGAAGAUAUGGCAUCAUACUUUCUACAAUGAGCUUCGAGUUGCUCCUGAAGAACACCCCGUUCUCCUGACUGAGGCACCCCUUAAUCCUAAGGCCAACAGAGAGAAGAUGACCCAGAUUAUGUUUGAGACAUUUAACGUUCCAGCUAUGUAUGUUGCUAUUCAGGCCGUGCUCUCAUUGUAUGCUAGCGGUCGUACCACUGGUAUUGUGUUGGACUCUGGUGAUGGUGUGAGUCACACCGUCCCUAUCUAUGAAGGUUAUGCUUUGCCCCAUGCCAUUCUUCGUUUGGAUCUUGCUGGUCGUGACCUUACUGAUAGCCUGAUGAAGAUCCUCACCGAGAGAGGAUACAUGUUCACCACCACCGCUGAACGGGAAAUUGUCCGUGACAUGAAAGAAAAGCUUGCCUAUGUGGCUCUUGACUACGAGCAGGAACUUGAAACUGCCAGGAGCAGUUCCUCCAUUGAAAAGAACUAUGAAUUGCCAGAUGGACAGGUUAUUACUAUUGGUGCUGAAAGGUUCCGUUGCCCGGAAGUUCUCUUCCAACCAUCGAUGAUCGGGAUGGAAGCUGCAGGUAUCCAUGAGACUACCUACAACUCCAUCAUGAAAUGUGAUGUGGAUAUUAGGAAGGACCUCUAUGGUAACAUUGUUCUCAGUGGUGGCUCCACCAUGUUCCCUGGUAUUGCUGAUCGGAUGAGCAAGGAAAUCACUGCUUUAGCUCCAAGCAGCAUGAAGAUUAAGGUUGUUGCACCACCAGAGAGAAAGUACAGUGUCUGGAUUGGAGGAUCCAUUCUUGCAUCCCUCAGCACAUUCCAGCAGAUGUGGAUCUCAAAGGGUGAGUAUGAUGAGUCUGGUCCUUCCAUUGUCCACAGGAAGUGCUUUUAAGGUGCUGUUAUUUUUACUUAAAAGUGCAAGUUUCCUAUUUGUUUUCCCGCUUUUGCUAUUAUGUCCCCAGUAAAUUUGGUUUUGCUGGGAUGGAUUAGUUUGGAGGUGGUGGGGCUAUGAAUGGAGGGCAACAAACAAUUAUUGCCAGUGUAUCUCAUGUUUCAACUCAAUUUGGGUUAUCUUCUCAGCAUAUUUGUGAGGUGCCGCCUGCAGUGUCCUUUUUGGCCUGGCACCAUCCCCAUCACCAUCCCCAGCUCGAAGUCUUUUCUCUUCUAGGUUGGUUGUAGUUUGAGGAGAGUGAUUGUGCUGUUUCUUCCUUUGUCUUCUCUCAUUUUCUUCUUUAUCUGGAUUCGCACUUUUGUGGUUCUUUUUAUUUCUUAAAACAAUUAUGUUAAUAUUUAUUGAAUGAGAAAGUUUCUAUUUUAGUGUCA